AUGAUAAUCACGCUUUGUCUUGGUACAUGUUUUUUAUGCAUUUUGAUAAUAUAUUUAUGGUCAAUACAGAAUAGUUAUAAUUAUUUUAAAUCUCGCCAUAUUCCUGGACCACCACAUGAAUUUUUCUUCGGCCAUUUACGAACUAUAUGGUCGACGAAAAGAUAUUCGAAGCAAAUUCAGGAAUGGACUCGUAAAUAUGGUUCGAUCUAUGGAUUGUACGAAGGAACGCGACCUUUGUACAUCGUAUCGGAUGUGAAUUUCCUUCAAGAAGUUUUCAUUAAGCAAUUUUCAUCAUUUCAUUCACGUCGAGUUUUAUUCUUAGCGCGAAUGGGCAUUGGUACACCGGAAAAUCUUUUCGGUUCAUCAGGUUCAACAUGGAGACGCCAGCGUCUCAUAGUUAAUCCAACAUUCUCUCUGAAUAAAAUGAAAUUAAUGCUACCUGUUGUGAAUGAAUGCAUCGAGAUUCUAAUGAAUAAACUAGCCGGUCUCUGUGAAACUAAUGAAGAAUUCAAUAUUUAUGAUAUGUUCCAACGUAUGACAAUGGACGUCAUUUGGCGUUCGGGAUUUGGGAUUGAAAGUGAUAUGCAAAAUGAUAUUGAGAACAUUUAUUUAAAAAAAUCAGCUGAAGUUAUUGAAAUCAAUUACGAUAAAUUGUUCAUUGUUCAGCUAAGUAAUUUAAUGCCAUUUUUGAAACCGCUUCUGAAAAUAAUUGUGCGCUGUCAUUUGAAAUUUGUUCAAACAAUUCGAAAAAAAAUCCCCUUGAUCAAUCGUUUUAUGGAAGAAUUAGCUCCAUUUUGGAUUAUUAAUCAAGCGCAAGAAAUCGUCAAUUAUCGUCAAUCGAAUUCAAAUGAACAGAAACGUAUCGAUUUACUUCAAAUGAUGAUGGAUGCAAAAAUAUCGAACGAAAAGGAUAAAAUCGAAAAUAUGGAUGAAGAAAUUGAGCAAAAGAAGUUAUAUCCGCAUGAAGUUGUUGGAAAUAUUCUGAUCUUUAUGAUUGCUGGCUAUGAAACAACGUCAACAACAUUGGCUUAUUGUACUUAUGUUUUAGCUACAAGACCAGAUCUGCAAGAGAAGCUUUUCAAUGAAAUUAAUGAGCAUCAAAAUGCAAAAGAAUACGAAGAUGAUUAUGAUUUAGUUACAAAUAUUUCCUAUAUUGAUCUUUUUAUCCGUGAAGUGCUCCGAGUUUUUCCUAUCAUAAUACAAUCAACAUCGAGAGAAUGCAACAAGACAACAACAAUAUGUGGCCAUCAAAUUGACGAAGGAAGUGUUAUUCAAGCUGAUAUUUUAACGAUUCAUUUCGAUCCAGAUAUUUGGGGUCCUGAAGAUCCAAACGAAUUUAUACCUGAACGCCAUUUGACGAAACGACAUCCGGUGUCAUGGAUGGCUUUUGGCGUUGGGCCAAGAAACUGUGUUGGAAUGCGCUUUGCUAUUAUGGAAUUGAAAAUGUGUUUAACACGUCUUUUGACUGAAUUUGAGAUUUUACCUGGAGAGAAUUUAGAGAAAUAUUUUAAACUAACUGAAUUAACUGUGAUUAAUCCUGAGGCAGUUUUUAUUAGAUUGAAAAGACGAGAUAAUUGA